AUGGCUCUUCUCAUGCUGAGCUGUGAAGGAUUUCAGAAGCAUGAGGAUAGAUUCCAGGCAACACAUAUUGGCCAUCGGUUGCUUUACUCCCCUGCUGCUGAUAAUAGCUACAGGGACGAUGUCACUGCUGCUGCUGCUGCUGCAGAUGAUAAUAUAAUAGAUGGCAGCAUUCUCAGCAAGAAGAAUCUUCAAAGUUUGCCCGCUAAUGAGGAUUUUCUCUCAAUUGAGGAUAAUCCAGUGGAUGAGCUAGAAUUGGAUGAUGGGUUGGGAAUUGUUGAGAGGGUUAGUCCCAUUGAAUAUAUCAAGAGGUUACUGUUGAUGAGAUCAGCACUGGGUGAUUCUUCUAUUGAGCUAGGUAUUAACACUGUCAUGCACAUGCUUCCAGAGUCUUCUAGGGACUGUAGGCAUACUGGGGACCUCUAUUGGCAUGGUUAUUAUCAGAUGAACAAAUUAUCUCCAACUGCCUUGCCGCCGAUGCGGUACACUCACUGUGCAUCUUCAAACGAGCUUCGGUGUUUCCAUAAGCCGCGUGCUAUGCUCCAAGUCUUUUGUAUUAAGUUGAAAUCAUAUCUGGAAGAUGCGGGUGGGCCAAUUGAGGUGUAUGGGUUUAUUGCAAUUCGUGAUGCGGAAGACUAUCGGCGCAACUACGUUUUCAACCGAUCUCGUGAUAACCCAAUCAUUGUCAACAAGACCAGUGACUACCUGACUUUGGUGAGCCCUAGCAGAGGCAUUUCGAUGACAAUCGAUUGCCUGAUGGAAAUAGAUCUGAGAGCCAAGGGACCCAUGGAAGACGUGACUCUGGUGGAUGGGUGCUGUGAUUUCGUGGAGGGCCGUUGCGUGUACGACACGGAGCUGGAGUGCACCCUGGAUGGCACCAACGGCACUCUCAUCUUUGAUCUCAUCGUGUUUCGAAGAGCGCUGGAGGCGACCGUAGAGCUGUGUUUCACCAAGGUGCCCGAGGGAGGCUUUGAGCUGAAGAUGUGCGGGUACACCGCGGUUUCAGAGAGCCUGUACCUCUUUGCCGGUGAGCAGUGCGACUGCGAUGGCUUGGUCGCCUCGGCCGGGAAGCACCCGCAGAGGUUCGUCGCAGCCGUACCGUUCGAUGACACGCUCUUCAUCGAUUUCAUGGAGGGGAGGCUGCCUGUCCCGUUUAAGGCGACGUCCGUUCAUGGCUGCCUAGAGAAGGAGUACUGCUUCUGCAACGGCGCUGUGGUGAGCGUGAAGGUGUCGUGGUCAACGAGCUUCUACUAA